AUGACCACCACCACCACCACUCUCACCACCCUCCCCUCCGACAUCAUCCACACCCACAUCCUCCCCCGCCUCGACGGCCCCUCUCUCUCCUCCACCGCCACCGUCUCCUCCCACCUCCACCACCUCUGCUCCGACGACCACCUCUGGGCUGACGUCACCAAAUCCACGUGGCCCUCUACCACACACCCACGUGUCAACACCCUCAUCUCCACCUUCCCCUCCGGCCACCGCUCCUUCUUCCACGACUCAUUCCCCGCCCUCUUCUCCGACACCCACUAUCGUAGCUCCACCCCACCCCCACCGUCAACCACCGUCCCUCCACAACUCAUCUCCGCCGUCGAUAUACGCUUCAAAAACGACGUCGUUUACUCCGCCGUACAGUUCACGGACACGUCACCGGACUUCCUAACGUCGGAGUUACAAAUCGGGUUUUCCGACGACCCGACUUGCCCCGGAUCCGGGUCCGAGACGCGGAUAACCCGACCCAUUGACGUGGAGGUCGAUGAGCUAGCCGGGGCGGACCUAGCUACAUUAGCGGAUUUAGAACAAUCCGUUACAUUAAGCUGGAUCAUGAUCUACCCGACCCAGAGACGAUCCGGGAACAUUUCAAGUAUUAAACCGGUUGCCGCAAGGCAGGACUGGAUGGGGAAUGAGACGGUUUUAAAAUUUGUUACCGUAUUACCCGGAUCCGACCCGGGUGAGAUGGUGAAAUGUAAAAUAGAGCUUGUGUUAGGGGUAAAUGUUGGGAUGUGUAACUUGCAUGUAAAGCAUGUGGGGUUAAAAGUGGAGGAUUUGAGUUAUAGGGGGUUAAAUGGUGGGGAGUUUUUGGUAAUUUUGCAAAGGGCAAUUUUGGAAGAGAAUAAUGUGAGAAGAAAGGUGAUGGAUGGUGAAGAUAGAUUAAGGAGGUAUAAGGAGUUUAAGGAAAUGAGGAGAAUGAAAAAGGAGUAUGAAAGAGUUGAAGAAGAAAAAAGGGUGUUUGUUGUUAAGAUGAAUUAUGUUGUGAUUUUUGUGUCUUUUUGUUUUUCACUUUAUUUUUUGAUGUUAAUGUUGCAAUGA